UGACGUUUUACAUUAAGAAAUUUAUUGUGUAGUUGAAUUUCAUCCUGUUUUAGCAUCAUGCAUCCCAAAGUUUUUUUAAUUAUCUGCAAUCUCUUGUUUUCAUCAAGAGCAUUAUCUUGUUACCCAGCACACUAAAUAUGGCCUACAACUGUAUGAGUGGAAUGGCCUUUGGUCCCUUUGGUUUGUGAGCUGGGAUGGAAGGGUUAAACAUUCUGUGAGACAUGGCCCCUCCCUGCUCAGCUAGUCUCUUGGAUGUAACAGGAUUCCUGACUAUUUGCUACUUUCUCAUCAUCAUGGCUGCAUGGCUCUCCCGGAGUGUAAUGCAAAGGAAUGGCACCUGGCUGCUGCCUUGCCCUACUGCCGUGGCCCAGGUCUACUCCAAGAGGCUGAGAAGUACCUCUUCUGCCCCAGGGGUCCACUCUACUUUCCAGGACAAGCCUCGAACACUGGAGGACCUGCCACAUGUCAGCUUCUUGGAGCUGGUUUACAGACUGGUGUUUCAGGGUUUCUACAACCGUAUGCAUGAGUUACAGAUCUAUGAGAAGCAGCGAUAUGGGCCCAUAUACAGAGAUGGACUAAAGGCAGUGUCCGUGAACACUCCAAACCUCCUGGAGGAAGUCUUGAGGAAUGAUGAGAAGUUCCCUUGCAGAGGAGACAUGUCCCUGUGGAAAGACUAUCGCGACAUGAAAGGAUACGGCUAUGGGCCUUUCACAGAGGAAGGGGAGAAGUGGUACAACUUGAGGGUGAUGCUGAAUAAACGUAUGCUGCACCCAAAAGAGUCUGCACAGUAUGAUGGGGUUGUCAAUGACGUGGUUACAGACUUCACCAAGAGGAUCUACUAUCUGCGCCAGUGCGGCCCAAGGGGUCUGGUGACUGACGUGGCCAAUGAGCUCUAUCGAUUUUCACUAGAGGGUAUUGCCUCCAUUCUGUUUGAGACAAGGCUUGGGUGUCUGAAAAAGGAAAUUCCUGCAGGUACGCAAGACUUUAUCAACGCCAUAGCUCAGAUGUUCUCAAACAGUAUGGCUGUUAUCGUAAUGCCCAAGUGGACCCGCGAUCUGCUGCCCUACUGGGGACGCUACAUUGCUGGCUGGGAGGGCAUCUUCAGCUUUGCUAAAGAGUUGAUUGACAAGAAGAUGGAGGCCAUCCAGCGGUGUGUGGACAACAACCAGGUUGUGGAAGGCGAAUACCUAACAUACCUCCUCUCAAACACACAGUUGAGCACAAAGGAUGUGUAUGGCAGUAUCACUGAGCUUCUGUUAGCAGGAGUGGACACGACAUCCAAUACCCUCACUUGGACAUUACACCUACUGUCCAGGGACCUUCAAAUCCAGAACAGACUUUAUAAAGAAGUGUCCACAUUCGUGCCAGCAGACCAUAUCCCCUCCGCUGCUGAGAUCACUGGGAUGCCAUAUUUAAGGGCUGUUAUCAAGGAAGCACUGAGGAUGUACCCUGUGGUUCCUCUGAAUGCAAGGAUCAUUAAAGAAAAGAAUGCCACUAUUGGCGGAUACCAUUUUUCAAAGAAAACUGCUUUCACGCUUUGUCACUAUGCCAUCAGUCAUGAUGAGGACGCUUUCCCAGAACCAUUCACCUUUAAGCCAGAGAGAUGGCUCCGUGAUGGGCGUGACAGGCCAAACCCCUUUGGCUCCAUCCCGUUUGGUUUUGGAGUGAGAGGCUGUGUCGGUCGUCGGAUUGCUGAGCUUGAGAUGUAUUUGGUCCUCUUUCGGAUAAUCAGGCUGUUUGAAGUCAGGCCAGACCCCACAAUUGGAGAGUUGAAAAGCAUCAACCGAAUGGUUCUGAUACCAGACAAACCACUAAACCUGUACUUUGUGGACAGAAGAUGUGAAAACGCAGCUUGAUCUAUGUUAGCAGGUUGGUUUGAAUGCAAAUGUUGCAUGUGAAGAAGAAGCGUUUGUGUCUCUUUUUAAGAACAUUUGAUGUUUUAAAUGAAGGAGACUGUAGCAGCAGGUUUACUACCUGUACUAUAAUACUUGUGUCAAAAUAAAAUGCAUGUUUGCAUGCAACGAAGCACUGGCAAAAACAUGGACUACACAAAAUUACUUUCUUUUCAAUAGUUUUGAACCACUUAGCACUUCUGGAAUGCUAGCAGUAUCAGAUACUUGUUAAAGGGAUGAUAUAACAAAUGGUCAUUGUUCACACAGAUAAGAUACAGUGAGAUGCAUAGCUGAGCAUCAUGCUUU